AUGAAGCCCGGGGCUUCUCUCCUUCUGACCAACAUGCACACGGACAUAGGCGCCCUUAGCCAAGCGGGGGUUGACGGACAUUCUAACGGGGUCAAGAUCCGGUCCACGAGCUAUUGCCAUUCGAUCUCGGAUGUGGUCGCAGAGGCAGCAAAAGCCGGGCUUGAGACCAAAGAUUUUGAUUUGAUCUCAGGGUCCUGGAGGUAUUCUAGAAACUGCGUUGAUAACUACCCAGGCGAGGCACACGGCGAGCGAGCCAACGAAUGGGCAGGCAUCAAAGUAUGGUUUGCGCUCUGUUUUCGCAGAAAGAUGGACCUACAGGGGCCGAAAACAAAGUGGGAGGAGUGA